UAAGUGUAUACAUACAAAGAAGGCAUGCACGAAACGUUAUCUUGAGUCUUGUCAUCUCUCCACAAACUUAAUAUACACACACCCAACUGGAGCUCCAAACAACGGGAGGCCGUGAUCUAAUCCCUUCUUCAGUAUAUGGGAUUUAAGAACUAUUAGCUGGGAAAAAUUGUGAUACACCAUGUCUAUCGAGCAGUGUUUUAACAAGGAUCGGAAACCCAUUUCUGGUGCUGCAUCGCAAAAUUCUGAAAAAACUUUGCCAUGCUUCGACUGCAACAUCUGCUUAGAAUUUGCAAAUGAACCAGUGGUUACUCUCUGCGGCCACCUCUAUUGCUGGCCAUGUAUCUAUAAGUGGUUCUAUUACCAGAGCGCUUCCCUCGCCUCAGAUGAGCAGCCGCAAUGCCCAGUUUGCAAGGCAGAAGUAUCCCACACCACUGUCGUCCCACUUUAUGGCCGCGGAGAAAGCCUUUCUGAAACUGAAAGUCAAGGCAAAGCAUCCAAUCGCGGUAUAAAUAUACCGCAAAGGCCACCUGCUCUUGGCACUGAAACUCUUGUUACCGCGUCUAAUCAUACUCAUCAACGACUCCCAUACAGGAAUCCGUAUCAGAAUCUGCAGCAUUCCUCUCUAGCAUAUGAUGACUAUGAAGAAGAUAACAAUUCUUCAUCAGCCCGCUUGAGUACAAGAAUGGAUCCUUCUAACGUAGCAGUUCAAAUGUUUGGAGAAAUGGUGUAUGCAAGGGUAUUCGGGAACUCACAGAGCCUCUACACAUAUCCAAACUCGUACCAUCUAGUCCCAAACAGCCACCCCAGAUUAAGAAGGCAACAUAUGCAGGCUGACAAGUCACUGGGCAGAGUUUCACUCUUCCUCUUCUGUUGUUUUCUUCUCUGCCUAUUCCUUUUCUAAUUAUAUAUCACUUUUCUGUUGUUGUUCAUCAUCCGCCGUUGUAUAUGUGCCAUUGCUUAGAGGCUUGAAUGAUAUAACUGUUAAGUUGAUAUACAUAUACACAUCUGUUACUGUAA